UGGACAGAAAAUGUAUGUUUGUUGUUAUAUGCCCUGCAAGCCAUAAAUAUUUGCUGAGAAGAUGGAACAAACUUCGUGUCAGAAAAACUUGGAGACGUGCGCAUAUUGGAAAGCGACACUUCCUUUUUGUGAAUUCGGUUCAAUCUAUAAGCCAGGUUACAACGGAGGAGAAAAAAUUGUCUAUACAUUUCCUACGAAGAAAAUACCAUCGGUACCACUAUCAAGAGACCGGAAUGCAAAUAUAACAACAACAACAACAACAACAACAAAUAGUUUCAAAACAGGCAAAGUUACAAGAGAUCAGAGUAUUUUGCCUACUGAAUAUCCAGCUCCAUCCAGGAGAAGGACAUCAAGUCCAGUCGAUGUUGUUUCCGUAUCACUUGGUGUUGGGCUAUUUAGCUUUGCGUUAGGAAUGAUAAUUGUACUUUUAAUGUUUAGAGGCAAUAAAGCAAGAAAAGAGGCUUCAAGAAAAAGGCGAGAUCAAAUACAGAGUGUGUUCCUAAUUGGCAAUGGCACACCGCAUAGCUGUUGCGAAGAUGAAAAUGAUGAACACACAGAUGUUGAUAGAUACCACGAAAUCCGAUCAAUUGAAUCAAAUGUUCAAAUACAUGUAACCAUGUCGCACAGAACCCAGGAAGAGGACUCAGAUGAUAUGGAUUCCUGCACCACGAAGUCCAGAAACCUCGAAAGUCCGACGAUUUGUUCAAAGAACCAUCAUCAAGAACUUUGAAAUUGUGAAAUUUUUAAUGACCCAACGGACUAUAACGAUGGAAAUACGAUAUGCAUUGAAUGAAUUAAAAAUAUACACUGAA